AUGUGCGUCCUCUCCGCUCACUUGGCACGAGGUAGGCGGUGCUUGGGUUCCUUCUCUUCUUCUGCUUCUUUUGCUUCCCCUUUUCCAUUUUCUCCCCCCUUCUUGAUGUGUUCUUGGAUGGGAGUUUGGGGGUGAAUCUUCCCCUGCUCUGAAGAAUCAAGAAUCUGAAUCUGAAUCUCAACUGUGGGGACUGUAGUUGGAGGGGUGCUUUCUUGUUCAUGUCUGGUCCUCGAUAAUUGGAGUGAAAUAAAUUUUCUAUGCCGCUUUCUUUCUCUCCUUCUGAUAUUUCUGUUGCUUGUUCUGAAAGUAGGAAGAAAUGAACAUUUCAGAUGCGUAGAAUAGCUGAAAAGGGAUAAACAUCUUCCAAAUUUAGGUGCUCCAAGGCCCUCUCCUGAGCUCCUUGUCCUCCAUCAGAGCCGGCCUCACGAUGUACCUGAUCGAGGACAAGGGCGGCGCCAUCGCCGUCAUGCUGGCGUCGCUCCUGUUCCUGGGCACCUGGCCGGCCGUGCUCACACUCCUGGAGCGCCGGGGCCGGCUGCCGCAGCACACCUACCUGGACUACUCCCUCACCAACCUCCUUGCCGCCGUGCUCAUCGCGCUCACCUUCGGCCAGCUCGGGGACAGCAAGGACGGCAUGCCCAACUUCUUCACCCAGCUCAGCCAGGACAACUGGCCUUCGGUGCUGUUCGCCAUGGCAGGAGGUGUGGUGCUCAGCGUUGGGAACCUGUCGACCCAGUAUGCUUGGGCAUAUGUGGGUCUCUCGGUGACUGAGGUUAUCAGCUCCAGCAUGGUGGUGGUAAUAGGCACAACACUGAACUACUUCCUGGACAACCGCAUCAACAAGGCAGAGAUUCUGUUUGCCGGUGUGGCAUGCUUCCUUGUUGCCGUCAUCCUUGGCUCCGCUGUCCAUGCCUCCAAUGCUGCCGAUAACGAGGAGAAACUCAAUGCCUCCAACAAACUUGGAGAAAAUGGAAGUGUGGAACCAAGUAAAGGAGUCCCAGACAAAGACGCUCCCAUGGACUUGGAGAAUCCCUCUGGAACCAAGCAUGUUACAAGAGCUGAGGCAGGGACAGCAGAGUACCUCAUUGAGCUCGAAGAGAGGCGGUCAAUUAAGGUCUUCGGAUCAAGCACCUUCAUCGGACUUGGUAUCGUCUUCUUCUCGGGUGUGUGCUUCUCGCUCUUCUCCCCAGCAUUCAACCUGGCCACCAACGACCAAUGGCACACACUUAAGGACGGCGUGCCACACCUGGUGGUAUACACCGCCUUCUUCUACUUCUCCAUCUCGUGCUUUGUCAUCGGCAUCGGGUUGAACAUCCUGUUCCUCUACCGCCCAAUGGCCGGUGUGCCCAAGUCCUCCUUCAAGGCCUACAUCAACGACUGGAAGGGCCGGCAAUGGGCUCUCCUCGCCGGUUUGCUCUGCGGGUUCGGCAACGGGUUCCAGUUCAUGGGCGGCCAGGCUGCCGGCUAUGCAGCUGCUGAUGCUGUUCAGGCGUUGCCGCUUGUCAGCACAUUCUGGGGCAUACUGCUGUUCGGGGAGUACCGGAAGUCAUCGCGGAAGACCUACAUCCUGCUCGGUUUCAUGCUGUUCAUGUUCAUCGCUGCCGUGGCAACGCUCAUGGCUUCAUCAGGUCACAGGAGCACGAAGUGAUUCCCCCUUGUUCAUCAAGUGUUGUUCAUUUUGUGUUUGCAAGCGCAAACGACUCUUGCAGUCAAGACGCAAAAGAAAUUCAAGCAGCAAAGCAAAGGGCCCCUGCUUCAGAAAGCAAAUGGGAGGGCAUUCCAUUCCAUGCACGAAAUUUUCAGUAGAAUGAAGAUGUACAUAAGAAAUGUUUGUGUUUUGAUUGUUGAAACACAGGACUAUGUAGAUGUUAUUUAUAUUCUUUCCAAAGAGAAAUUGCUGAUAGGAUAGCAAAUGAAACUGUUCCAGAAAGUUUAUCAGUAUCAUUAUGUCAAUCAUUAUGAACAGGGUGACAAUGUCUAAAACAUGAGAUAUGAAGCCCUUAGCAAGGCAAGUA